AUGUCUGUCAGUCCGACAUCAGUGGGCUUGUUGCCCACCCGCCUCCGCAACUUCUUUGCACGCUAUCCGCCUCAAAUCUACUCGGCCCUCGUCGCGUCGCGUCCGAGUCCUCCAGAGGCCACUCCCGAGCAAACCCUUCCCUCGCCCUAUACCCCCGACCGUGAUGCCAAGGGUGCCCACCGUGAAAACAAGGCGGAGUCCUCUGCGAGGACUCUUCUGCAGAUUGACCCCAAGAUCCGCAACCCAUUCAUGCCCCGGAAGAUCUUCAACGCUGGAAAGCAGAAGUGGAUUGGCCCGCCCUCUUCUCCCCCCAGCAUCAAGUCCACAGAAUACAAGGCUGCUCGCUUGGCAGAGCGUGGUCUGCGCAUCAAGGGAACCGGUAUCGGCCAAAAGGUCAAGGGUCACAAGUGGGAGCGCACUAUGGAGGCUCGCCUCGAAGACCGUCGCAAGGCUAUGGUGGAGAUGCCGGAGAUGAUCCGGCAGUGGAAGCAGAGAGGUCACGGUCGUGGUUGGAGACAGUGGCCCAAGCGGUAA